AUGCUUCUUGGUUUCUUCCCUAAAUUCAUUGUUCUAUUAUCCAUUGUGUCCUUUUUUGGAUCCCGCCCAGUAUCAGCGGAUGGCCUUAUUCAAGUCAACAGCCCUGCUAGCAACCAAGUGUUGGGUAGCAACACCGACAAUGUGUUCCAAUAUACGGUUGUGGGUGCACAAACGGUCGGUAUCAGCAAUCCGUAUUAUCCCAACUCCAUCAACGUGGACUUUCAGUGGCAACAGCGCAACAACGACUCCAAUACAUUGCGAAUCAAUGUAAUAUCGGGAUUAGCAGCUGAUUCAGCACCUGCUGGUAUAUCAAACAAGCAGUAUACGUCGACAUGGAAGUUGCCUGGAUGCCAUUUUUUCUCUCGAUACAACACAGCCCAGUAUGGAUUUUCUUUGGUUGUUUCACCCAAUUACGCAGCAUUGAGUCCCAAUCAAACAGCCCCUGGUCCUGAAGAGCCAUCACAAACCAUCCCUCUCCAAAUCCAAGUGAACAACGGCACGUUUCCCAAAUGCUGA